UUUGUGUUAUGGACUGGUCCUUGCGUAGCGCUCACGUUUAACUCAACACAGUUUUAGUGAUAGUUUUAUGUGUUUUAAAAAAUAUUUAAAUGUAAGAAAGUACGUUUUAUUUAUAAGUGGUUUUUAUAGGAAAUACUCUGUGUGAGUCAAGAAUCUCAAACUACCAGGAUGGCAAGCAAAGCAGGAGUACGAUUCGAGGAAGCGGAGAAGAAGCGAGGCAAGAUCCUUGCGUGGACCGGCCUCACGUUCGCGACCGUGGGCUGGAUGUUCCGAUCUUCUCCCACCGCUGUGACCCUGGUAGCAGCUCUGUCGGCUUACCUUAUGAGCGGAGAUCGAUACCAGUGGGUCUACAUUUGGAGGAAGACCGUUUAUCGGGAUAUGCUAGGUCUUCGCGUGCUCCUAGUGACGAUGUUCAGAGUAUGGCGCUGGGAGCGUCGCGGCACCACCGUGGUGUCCCGCUGGGCAGAGAUAGCCAAGCGGACGCCGGACAAAGACGCCUUUGUCAUGGGGGACAGAUCUGUCACUUUCAAACAGGGAGAUGAAUUCAGCAACAGAAUAGCGUGGUACUUCAAGAGGCAAGGGUUCAAGCGCGGUGAAGUCAUAGCCCUAUACAUGGAGACUCAACCAGAGUAUGUGUUCCUGUGGCUAGGACUGGCCAAGCUUGGGGUCACCACUGCCCUGAUCAAUAAUAAUCUGAGGGGGAACCAACUGAUCCACUGUUUGAGGGUCGCUGGAUGUAAGGCGCUGGUUUUCGGCGACGAGAUGGCUGAUGCCGUAAAAGAAAUUCAGACGGAGCUACUUGACGUCCCCUUCUUCCAAUUCAACGCCCCUGAGCGACCCACAUCUCCAAUCCUUGGAGAUUCAGUAGCUUUAUCUGCAGAAGUGAAUGAGAUGCCUGCAGACCCCAUAGGCGAUGGUCUAGACUCGAAACCAAGAGAUACCCUCCUGUAUAUUUAUACAAGUGGAACGACUGGGUUUCCUAAAGCUGCUAUUAUUACUAAUAUUAGGUUCCUCCUGAUCCCGUCAGGAGUGCACGCGUCAGCCCGCCUGUCCUCCUCUGACGUCAUCUACGACCCCCUACCCCUACACCACACGGCGGGGGGUGUGCUCGGCGCCGGGCAGGCCCUGGUGUUCGGGUGUACCGUGGUGCUGAGGAAGAAGUUCUCCGCUUCGAAUUAUUGGAGCGACGCCGCGAAGUAUAAGUGCACGGCUGCUCAAUACAUAGGUGAAAUCUGCCGGUAUUUGCUGUCCAUGCCUCCGGGGCCAGCGGACCAGUCGCACCAAGUCAAGGUGAUGACCGGCAAUGGACUGCGACCUCAGAUCUGGCAGCAAUUCGUCGAGAGGUUCGCUGUGGAGAGGGUGGUAGAGUUCUAUGGCGCGACUGAGGGGAAUAGUAAUCUUGUAAACUUGGAUUCUAAAGUAGGUGCCAUAGGAUUCCUGAGUCGCCUGGUGUCAUCGAUAUAUCCAUUGACUUUGGUCAAGUGCGAUGAGAUAACCGGAGAAAUACUGAGGGAUAGCAAUGGAAGAUGCAUCACUUGUGGGCCUCAUGAGCCAGGCCUAUUCCUCGGCAAAAUCGACGCAAAGAAGGCAAUCCUAACAUUCGCCGGCUACGCCGACAAGACAGCUUCAGAGAAGAAAAUGGUGAAGAAUGUGAAAGUAGACGGAGACUGCUACUUCAACACUGGAGACAUUCUGGUAAUGGACCACUUCGGGUAUUUCUACUUCAAGGACCGCACUGGGGAUACGUUUAGGUGGCGAGGUGAGAACGUCUCUACAGCAGAAGUGGAGGGCGUGAUCAGCUCACUCAUCGGACUGAAGGACGCCAUCGUUUAUGGAGUAUCGAUACCAAACGUAGAAGGCAGAGCUGGAAUGGCAGCCAUAGCGGACCCAGAAAAGAAACUGAACCUUGUAACUUUAGCUAAAGGCUUAAAAACGAAAUUACCUGUCUACGCGAGGCCACUGUUCGUCAGAAUUCUACCAGAACCUCCAUUGACUGCUACUUUUAAGCUGAAGAAAAAGGAACUUCUAGAAGAUGGAUACAAUCCUAAUACCGUCACUGAUCCUUUGUUUUAUUUGGACCAGAAGAUGGGAGAGUUUGUACCGCUGACUCCGAAGCUUUAUGAUGAUAUAGUCCAAGGAGUGGUAAGGUUGUGAUGAGUGUCAUAUUUGUAUGGGUACUCUUGUAAAAAUAUCAACCUUAUAAAAUAUUAGUAGUCUAUGUUAUCAACAAAGAAAGUUCUAUGUUAGAUAUCUGAGCUAUUGAUAAAUCAUCUUCUGAUGAUAAAUUUAAAACGUUGAUUAUAUUGAUGAAACUGAUGUAUAUUUUCAUAAAUUGAUUAUUAAGCGUGUAGAUAUUUUAUGUACCUAGUUGUUUUUAUGUCUUAGAUGUAUCUAUUAUGAUUGGCUGUACCUUACACCUGUAUUCCCAAUAAGAUACGAAACUUAUACUGAGUUGCACAAAGAAAGUUUAAGCUAAUGUCGGUAUUAAAUCUAUUGCUGCCUUGCUUUUACAGUAUACGGACAGAAAGAGACAGACAUAGGCUUAAUGCUGACAUUAGCUUAAUGUUCCUUUCUGCAACUCGGUAUAAAUAUUAUAAAAAAAUCGUUACUACCUAACUGUCUCCUAAACGAAAACAUGGGAUGAGACAAAUAUGUAGUUGUAGGUACAGCGUAAUUGCUCAAAAUCAACCCAUAGGAAUACUGUAAAGACAACAAGUUGUAAGCUUUAAUUUGAAUAGAAUUUAAAAUUAAUUAAAUGCCAUGUCAUUUAACUUGCCAAUGAAAUCUCGAAUGUAGUUUAGUUGUAGUAUAAGAAAAGCAAAUAUAAGCCGUUAACAUUA